AUGAAAUUUGCUAGUUUUUUAAUCGUUUCAAUCUUCACUUGGAUAUUAUGGACAUCUGUUAAAACUACUAUUCCAACUCAAAAAGGAUUAGCUGAUGGAGAAGUUUACACGGCAGAGGAUCUCACUAAAACAUCGAAUGAUGGGACGGAAUCAUCUGCCAAUCCUCAAACUCAAAAUUAUGAAGAAAAUUUAACAAAAAAGGGAAGAUAUGGAAAUAAAGGAGUAGAAAAAGUGUUUAACAGAAGUGAAUGUAAUAAAAAAUAUUACCAAAAAAAUAAAGAAAAAAUAAAUGAAUAUCAGCAAACUUACUAUAAAAGGAAUAGAAGCGAAAGAAUUCAAUAUCAGAAGAGUUACUACCAAAAGAAUAUUGAGACGGAACUGAAAAAACGGAAAAUAUAUCACUAUAAUCAUAAGGAAAAGCUGAAUGAAUACAAGCGAAAAUGGCGACAAGAAAAGAAAAAAUCUGAUCAUAAUGAAGGAACUUCAUUUGUUAAUCCACAGACUGACAAUUUUAAUAAUAAAGGUAAAUUACCAAUUGUUUGUCAGGAGAGUUUUCAGGAAGGAAAUCUUUUUAAUCAAGGGGAGGAAGAAUGCAAUAAUGGCGAGGAUGAGCAAAAUCAAAUCGAGGUAGAAGAGCCAAAUAAAAUUAUUGAAGAUAACACAAAUCACAUAGAUUUAAAUAAAAAACUUUAUUCUUUUGAUCUAAACGAAAAACCUUUUGAUCUGAACGAGAUGCCUGAGGAUGAAGAAUUGGAAAAUUAUUAA